AUGACAUUGUUUGCCAUUGCCUCGGCAGACAGUUGUGUCACCCAACUCCAACAAUAUAUAAAUGCUGGCCAAGGCUACCAGUGCAUUACCUAUUCGGGUACUGCCAUCACUCCAUCUGGCAACCAAUUUGCUUUAAAGGGCAACCUGAUGUACAGUCGUUACUUUGAUGGAAUAAGACAACAGGCACCUGUUAAGAUACUCCAGAGUGACAGCUAUGUAUGUGGUUCCAACCUUCUAAACCAACCCUUUGAUGUUGCCCAACCAAGUCCACAGCCAAGUGAGUUUGUUGUAUACACCAAUGGAACGAUUCAAGUUGGUAACAAGGGUGCAACACUAUACUGUUCCGCUGCCACUGGAAACACAUUCGGAUUCCUUAUGGAUGGUGUAGUUCACACUUUUGUUUUGAUUAUCAAUCCAUUGCCAGUUGGAUGCCCUGCUCUUCACUUUGGUGAGUCUUGUACUGUUGCCCCACCAUCACCCAAGGUAUCAGUGUCAAAGAAGGUGGCCUCGUCAUGGACAACAGACAAUGUUGAAUAUGUUCAAUAUGAUGUGAUUGUUAAGAAUGAUGGAGCUAGUACAAUUACCCAAGUUACAAUGACCGCCACUGACUUCAACCCAACCUCCUCAUGGAAUGUUAUCUUGAACGGUGGAGAGAUAUCACUUCCAGCCUAUGCAUCGAUUGCCCCCAACGGAGGUACCUUUACUUGGGGAUACAUAUCCACUGCAGCGCAAAUAUCAUUGUUUAGUAUCAAAUCGGCACAAUAA